CUUCACUUCUCAUUCACAACACAGCUCAAAUCCGAUAAACCCCAAGAAGAUGCUCUUACGAAGCGCGUCGACUCCACUUCUCAACUCGUUGGUCCAUGCCUCGAGCCCAAGGGAAUCUCCAAUCGAAGCCGUUGAAUCUGUUCAUCAGAUCCAACGGCCCAGAUCGCUGAUGCUCUCUUCCUCUUCCCCUUGCUGUUACAGCUCGAUGUCCGUCCACUCCAGCGACGAAUCCGCGAGGAGGAUGAAACGGACGGCGUCGGAGAGCGAUCUACGUCACCUGACGAAGCCGGCGAGUAAGUUCCUCAGCGGCGGCGGUGCUCUGAUGGAGGACGUGGAAGAAGGAAUCGGGUUCGGGCUUACACGCACGUCUUCUUACGAUGGAUUGAGCUGGGGUUUGGAGGAGGAUGAUACUGAGGUUAGCGGCGGUUGCGGCGGCGGCGGUGGGGUUAUUCGCGGCGGAGGAAAAGGUGACGGAUCUGAUGGUGAGGAUGGAGAUGAUGGCACGGAUGUUCACUAUCGUAAGAUGAUUGAAGCUAAUCCUGGAAACGGGAUUUUUCUCAGCAAUUACGCUAAGUUCUUGAAAGAGGUUCGUAAAGAUUACGUGAGAGCAGAGGAGUAUUGCGGGAGAGCGAUUCUGACGAAUCCUAACGAUGGGAAUGUUCUGGCUAUGUACGCUGAAUUGGUGUGGACUAUCCAUAAGGAUUCAUCUCGUGCUGAGUCUUACUUUAAUCGAGCUGUUGCAGCUGCUCCUGAUGACUGUUAUGUACAAGCUUCUUAUGCGAGAUUUCUUUGGGAUGCUGAUGAGGAGGAAGAAGAGGAGGAGAGACAUGAAGAAGAACUUGAGCCUCAAACUUGUCGAAUGAGUUUCUUCACUGGUCCUUCCCCAAUUACGGCCAUGUCUUAAGUCUCGGCAUCUCUAUCCACUUUUAUAGAUUUAGAUAAGCGUGUUACGUCUAUGAUCUAUCUAACCCUUUUGUUUUAAUGUGAAUUCGUUAUUGUUUGCUUCAGUUUUAGAAUUGGUCUGAGCUGUAGUAGGUACCACGUGAAUAAAAAUAAAGACUAUCGAAUAAAAGUUUUGCUUUUGAUCUG